AUGGGCCUCACCAUCUCCUCGCUCUUCUCUCACCUCUUCGGCAAGAAGCAGAUGUACAUGCUGAUGGUUGGAUUGGAUGCUGCUGGGAAGACAAUUCUGUAUAAACUGAAAUUAGGGGAGAUAGUCACUACCAUUCCUACCACUGGUUUUAAUGUGGAAACAAUAGAGUAUAAGAACAUUUGUUUCACAAUAUGGGACAUCAGUGGUCAAGAUAAAAUUGGGCCUCUCUGGAAGCAUUACUUCCAGAAUACCCAGGGUCUUAUUUUAGUGGUAGAUAGCAACUUCUUUCACAACGAUUGUGAAAGAAUUCAGGAAGGAGCAGCUAUGCUGCAGAAAAUGCUUCUGGAAGAUGCUACUGCUCUUUGCAACAAACAGGAUUUGCCAAACACUAUGGCCAUCAAUGACAUGACAGAUAAUUUAGGUCUUCAGUCUCUCAGUAACAGAACAUGGUAUGUCCAAGCCACUUGUGCUACCCAAGGAACUGGUCUGUAUGAGGGACUUGAUUGGCUGUCAAAUGAAUUUUCAAAAUGCUAAAUGAACUGGGAUAUCUAUCUAACCAAGGACAUGUUUGAUAGAAUUGGUCUAGACUUGUUACAACAAAAUUAGUUUGCAUCUUGGUUAUUAAAGGAUAUCUGAGACAG